GUUUUACCGGUCAGUUCUGCGAAGCAGAUGUUGCUGCCUGCCUGUCACAACCAUGUGGAGCCUCCAGCAUCUGUAAAGACAUAUUGGGUGGCUACCUUUGUUUCUGUGCACCUGGUUUUAUAGGUAAUAACUGUGAGAUUGAGGUGGAUGAGUGUCUUAGUGAUCCUUGUCACAAUGGAGCUACUUGUGUUGAUCAUGUGAAUGCCUUCAGUUGCAUCUGUCAGGAUGGAUUUCAAGGUACAACUUGUGAAGCUAAUAUAAAUGAAUGUCACUCUUCUCCAUGUCUUCAUAAUGCGUCAUGUGCAGACCUUAUUGGUGGCUAUGAAUGCAUCUGUCCACCUGGCUUUACUGGUGCAAGAUGUGAAACAGAUAUAGACGAGUGUGCUUCAUUUCCCUGCAAGAAUGGAGCCACCUGCAUUGACCAACCUGGUAAUUACUUCUGCCAAUGUGUGGCUCCGUUUAAAGGUUUGAACUGUGAGUUUAGGCCUUGUGAGGCCAGCAAUCCCUGUGAGAAUGGAGCUGUGUGCAUAGAAGAAAUGAAUUUGGAUGUUUUUCCCCUUGGAUUCCAGUGCCAGUGUGUGAAGGGCUUUGCAGGUCCACGCUGUGAGAUCAAUGUCAAUGAGUGCAGUUCUAACCCUUGCCUCCAUGGAUACUGUUAUGACAUUGUCGAUGGCUUCUAUUGUUUGUGCAACCCAGGAUAUGCAGGACUGAAAUGUGACCAAGACAUUGAUGACUGCGUGAUCAACGCUUGUGAACACAAUUCUACAUGUGUUGAUCUACACCUGCCAUCACUAGGUGACUCCGCUAAAGCAGACUCCACCAACUUCUUUGUGCGUGAACCAACUUCAGAUGUGAAUUACCAGGCAGCUAUGUACUCUUACCUUUUGAUGGGACAACCUGGGAGAGAAGCCGGGAGGAUCAGCCUAAAGGCUUCUCACACAGUUUCCCUGCCCUGCGGCGUUGGGGGUGGAGGGAGGCGCGGACGGCGGUGCGCGGGUCAGGGCCGGUCCCUUCUUCGCCGCCAUCAGAGCCCUGAAGUACUCCAACCUCCCGCCAUGGCGUCCCUGCCGCCUUUCUCCCUCAACGACCACGGCGCCUGUCAGUCAUAG